AUGAACAGCACCAAUGCCCGGCAUGUCACUAUGACGACCACGACCAAACCCAGCGGCUUCAGCGUCCGGGAUAUCCUUGAGCUGCCGGAUAAGAAUCAGCAACGGUCCGGCAGUCCGUUGCCACGGGCGCUAGACCUAUCGGAUGUGACCUUGCCUGCUUUCUGCUACGGAGGAUUGUGCCCUGAAUCAACUUAUACCAGAUGGCUAGCUUCGGAAAUUCUUCCAAACUACGCAGCUCUUCCAUUCGCCCCGAUGACGCUCGACCCCUCUUGCCUAAGCGGAGUUGAUUCUUCCACCUUCCUGGGCCACCACGAACUCACGCGGAGUACUGAUGGCGAGCACGAAGAUCAAGAGGCAGAAGACAUCGAAGAAGAGGAAGAAGAAGACCUGGAAGACCUUGAUGACUGCGAUAUCGACGAGGACAGCGAGGGAAAUCGGCGGCGUACCACCAGUGCACACGCAGAUUCGGAUUCUGACGAGGUCACUUCUUCCCAGCAGGUCACUGCCACUGUUAGUUCUAAGGCGAUGACCAUUAACUGUGGUGGUAGCGUUGGUUGUGCAAAUAACACUCCGACCAGUUCUACUUCGGGUGAAAACGGAGGGCAACCGCUGAAGAAACGCAAAAGAAGAGUACUCUUCUCGAAAGCACAGACAUAUGAGCUUGAAAGAAGGUUUCGACAGCAACGAUACCUCUCAGCUCCAGAGCGUGAACACCUUGCAAGCAUAAUUCGUUUGACUCCUACACAGGUGAAAAUAUGGUUUCAGAACCACAGAUAUAAAACAAAGCGGGCACGACAAGAAAAAGGACUAGACGUCAACCCCUUGCCAUCCCCAAGGAGGGUGGCAGUUCCAGUUUUGGUGCGUGAUGGUAAGCCAUGCCAACCAGCUGUGAAACAGCAACAACACCAACAAGAUGGCGGUUCUUCAAAUCUACCAACGGACUUAUCAGCGAUAACAUCCAUGACCAACAUGGCAGCCAUUAGCAAUUCAUGCAUAGGAACUUUCAGCAUGAUGCCCACAUACACACAUCCCCUCAUGCAGCAACACAGAUGGUGGUGA